GGCAGAAUAGGCCUUUUUCUCGUACGUCGCGGACGCAAAAGUAACACAGCUCGGACAGGAGUAGACCGAGUAGACAGUAGAGAAAGAAGAAAAAAAAAUACAGCCAAAUAAAUUACUGAAGAAGAUUAUAUUUAUGUGAUCUAAUAGCAAAUUAUCCGGAAAUUGACGGUACCGGAAGAGGCGUCUUCGAUAUUGACCGGAACGACUAGCCGAAUCACGGAAGUUUGGAAGUGACCGUAGAAGGCUGCUGGUUUAGCUAGUGCAACGCGGAAAUGUAGUGAACGAAAGAGAAAAACUAUUAUUCGUCUGGUUCAAGAAGAAGGAUAUUGCGUAUCAAGAAUUCGAGCCGCCGCCACCGUGACUCGAGAUUGGCAAGUGCGAGCGACCGAAAGCACCCGUUAGCGAGAGAGCUAGAGCCGAGCAGUUGGCCUCGAAAGAAGUAGAAGAAUAAGGGCGGCCCCGGUCAGGGGGUGUACAGUUACACGGUGGGUGAGAAGAAGGCGGGAAUCUAAAUAUUUGGAUAUAAAAGCGUAGUAUUGCGCGUAGUGUGUGACGUCCGGAUCGAGUUGGGCUGCGAAAGUGAUGAAAUUCUGCUGCCGUGAGUAGUUGAUGCCGGAAGUGAGCAGAGCAAAGUGUGGUCCUGGAAGUUCCGCUACAUAAUGUAGCGGCAUGGUGUGUAGUUCCUUCGGAGUUGAAGUUUGCAGUAUGCAGUCCCUGCCCCGGUAGUGAUUAGUGAUGAAACGCGCAAAAAAUGUCUCAAAAUUGUUUCAAAGUGCGACGACGAGUGAAGGUGGCUGAAGCUAGUGAAAUGUGUAAAUCGCAGGAAACGGAAGAUCCAUCCCGGUGGGGGGUGGCGAUGGAUGGCGGCAGUGGUGACCAACGACGAGCAAACAGUGAAAAAAUGGAGCACGGUAGAACGAGACAGUGCAGUGAGGAGAGGCACGAGCAGCAGGCAAACGAGGAAAUAGUGCAACAGCAAUCGGAAGUGGUGGUAGUGUUCCCAAAAAAAUAUUUCCCUUCGGCAGGUUUGACCAACCUGUUGGAGCAGCUAGCGACCAAGCUGAAGCAAAAGCAUAGGACAGAACGUCCGAAAUUAUUGUUGUGCGGUGGGGAAGCGGAGAAGAAGCGCAAUGAAGUGAGUGAAUUCGAUGUGGAGCGAAGUGGUGAAGAAAUGUGUCAUCGGAGAAACCAUCAGCAGCGAAUAGGAGCAGCGGGCUCGGUUCUAAGGCCUGGCAAGCUGGUUUGGCUUCUGAUGGCCAGUGUACUGCUGUUCAGUGUGCUCAUUGCACCCGUCACAGUGGUGCAGGGAAAUGAAAUUAGGCUGCCCCAGGAGAAGCGUGAAUACAAGAAAGGAGAAAUAACCGACAAUGCCGACAGUACAAAGCGACAUCAUCACCUGCAACGACGACAACACCAACAGCAACAACUACAACAGUAA